CUAUCCUGAUCACAGAGUGGAGGACAAAAUACAGAAGAGAGAUGAACGAUCAAGACAACAACUCCAAAUCCAGAGCUGUAGACUCCCUGCUGAACUUUGAGACGGUGAAGUAUUACUGCGCUGAGGAUUAUGAAAUCCGCUGCUUUGAGGAAGCCAUUUUGAAGUAUCAGCACUGUGAGUGGAAGAGCUCAGCCUCCCUGGCUCUGCUGAAUCAAACCCAGAACGUCAUCAUCGGAUCGGGACUGCUGGUUGGAUCUCUGCUCUGUGCCUACCUCGUCUCUAAAGGACAAUUCCAGAUUGGAGACUAUGUUCUCUUUGGCACCUACAUCAUCCAGCUGUACACGCCUCUGAACUGGUUUGGGACCUAUUACAGGCUCAUUCAGAGUUCCUUUGUUGACAUGGAGAACAUGCUGGCGCUGCUGACAGAGCACGUAGAGAUUCAGGAUGCUGAGGAUGCUGAGGACUUGCAGCUCACAGCAGGUCAGGUGGAGUUUGACAGAGUCUGUUUCAGCUACGUACCUGGCACUGAGAUUCUUAGGGAUGUUUCCUUUACGGUGGAGGCGGGACAGACAGUUGCCUUGGUUGGCCCCUCUGGAUCAGGGAAAAGCUCCAUCCUGCGUCUGCUGUUCAGAUUUUAUGACCUUCAGAGUGGCAGCAUUCGCAUCGACGGGCAAGACAUCUCCAAGCUAAGCAAAGACAACAUCAACUAA